CCGGAGUAUUUUGGUCGUAUUGAUUCAGCAGCAUUGCGUGUAAUCGGGUCGCUCGGUAUGAUGUCAUGCCGCUCGUAGAAUAAUUUUAAAAGUGACGUUAAGCUAUUUCUACGUUGGUUUUAGCAGAAUAAACACUGCCUCUGUGAUAUUUGGUAUUUAGUGCAUUUGGAAAGAAAAUCAUGACUUACUACGAACACAGGACGGCCGGUGCACUACCACCACCAGCUCUGUCCGACAAGCUGAGGUUAUACCAUGUAGAUAUGAAUCCCUACGGUCACCGGGUGCUGCUGAUCCUGGAAGCUAAGAAGGUCAAAUACGAGGUCUACAGGCUGGACCCUCUGCGGCUGCCGGAAUGGUUCAGGAUCAAGAACCCUAGAUUAAAAAUCCCAGUCCUCGAGAUUCCCACGGACCACGGCGACAAAUACCUGUUCGAGAGCGUGGUCAUCUGCGACUACCUGGACGAGAAAUACGUGCGGAACCCGCUCCAUUCCAGGGAUCCGUACGUGAAGGCGCAGGACCGAUUACUGAUCGAGAGGUUUAAUGAGUUAAUAAAAGGCAGCUUGGAGUGCUUCGACACAAACUUUGCUUUCGGCAGCGAACAGAUCGUGCAGACUUUGGACAUAUUCGAGAAGGAACUGGCGUUAAGAGGCACGAACUACUUCGGCGGCAACAAGCCAGGCAUGCUGGAUUACAUGAUCUGGCCGUGGGUAGAACGCCUGUACCUGCUACGGUGCGUCAACGAGGCCAAGUUCGAUGAGAAACGGUCGCUGUUCCCUAACUUUGCGGAUUGGGGCGACCAAAUGCAGCUGGAUGAUGUAGUCAAAAAACACUCGAACUCUCCAGCUGAGUACUUUGAGUACUACAAGAAUGCGCGGGCGCACUCUAUGGGGUACUACUUGUAAAUAUAAGGUCUGUGACGGUGUUAUAGAAUGUUUCAUCCACGAAGACGCGCCCCAUAAUGUUUAGAGUAGGCGCACACCGUUGAUUUUUAGUUGACCGAUAGUUGUGCCCGAUUUUAAAUUGUAUGAAGAAUCGGCCAAAUCGAAUCGGCGUAGUGUGCGCACUCCCAUACAUGCCCAUACUGAUCAACUGCCCGACUAAACUAUCGGCCGACGAAAAAUCAACGGUGUGCGGUGCGCCUACUCUUAGUCUCGGUCGCGCGGGGUGCGGGGAGUUUGAUCCAAGCAAUUAGAGCGGCAUUAUUGUAGUGUGCGUGUGCACUCAUGGAGCAUUAGCGUGUACCGAUAACACUCAAACAUUCGCGGAAGAAUGGUGGGGCGUGUCUUCGUGGAUGAAACGAUCUAUAAGGUGAGUAUAGACUAUAACAUUUCUAUGUAAUGUAAAUUUCUUACAAAUGGUAAUACAAUACAGGUAAAAUGUACGACGUUUUGGUUUGUGAAAGGGUGAACAUUAGAACAUUUCAUAGAGCGCAGUAUAACACUUCAUAGAGUGACUCGUUGUUAUGUUACAAGUAAAUGCUAAAGUCUAUACUCACCUUUAUAGGAUCAUAGUAAAAAGAACAGUAAUCAUUCUCAUGCCUCUAUUUUGUACUCGUACAGUGAGUGGGUAUUUUUGUUAGCACCACGUGUGGUUAGCACCCACCGUUCUUUUUUACCAUGCUCAUUCGAAAUGUAAUCUAGGUAAAGCCCGGUCUGUGAGCACGUAGAAUUUUGUCCAAUGACCCCAAGCUACCCAUCCUUAUCGCUCGCGCGUAAUUAUAUUGCCGUUGCGACUGUGCGACGGGCGCCCGCAGUGAGUGUGCGAGCGCGACAGCAACAUAAUUACACGCGAGCGAUAAGGAUGGGUAGCUUGGGAUCAUUGGACCAAAUUCUACAUGCUCACAGACCAGACUAUAGUCGUUUAUUUUAUAAUUUGAUAGUCAUUAUCACGUGAAACUUGUGCUGGUUAUAUUAUUGUGUUGUGAGUUGAUGAUGCUAUUGUAAAAGUAUGCAACAACUUUUCUGUAAGAACCACUGUUUUAAAAAAUGCAUUUAAAAGAUUCUAUUUUGUUUUGCCUUUUGAAAAUUCAAAGUUAUCAGAGCAUUUUGAUAUUUAAAAAACAUGUUACGCAUUUCUAUAUCAUAAAAGCAUUUAAUGCAGGAUUUAAGCUCGUACUAUGAAAUUAUAGUCAAGUAUGUUAGUCUCAAGUAUAAAAAAAAAAUUAAAGUCUGUGACUAGUCCAGAUUGGAGCUUAUAGCUCGAUUCACACAUUAUCAGUGAAGCCAUAGUUCCGUCACAGUGUCCGCUCAGUUCAGUAAGUAUCAGUGCUACAGUGUUGCGUCAGUGAAAUAUUUUGAAUAUUUUAAAAUGUCAGAGAGCUGUUUCAAUAUUCUUGUUCAGAAACUAUGAAGUAAGUUAUUUUGUUUUUGAUUCCGCGGCGGCGUCCGUGAUCCGACAAAAAAUAUCGUCGCCAACGAAUACGUCCGUAUUGCCGGUGUCGUCACUGACACUGACAAGUGGGGAAGCGUUCAUAGAAACUAUAUGAAAGAAUAUUUCGCACUGUGCCGGUACUGAGCCUGAACUGUGACUUCACUGAUAUGUGUGAAUCGAGCUUAUAGGUCUAGCUCUUAACUCAGUCGGCACGAAAGGGCGUUUUUGAGACGUCAAACAUUAGCAUGACUUCAGAAAAGCUUCAGAUUUGUAUGCUCUGUCACGUUUAUGUCAAUAUCACCCCUCCCGUGCUGCUUCCUUAUCUCACUCAGCCCCCCUAGACAAAACGCACUUUUUGAUCGAAUCGAAAAUCGAAUCCGUCAAAACUCUAUACAAAAAAGGGGCUUUUCGACCACUUUUCGACUGGUUUGCGAUUAUAAUUUGCACUUUGUCUAGACCCACAGGUAGUGACUGAGUUAAGCGGUCUAGCCUUUAAGAUACUGUCAAAUUGAGGUAUAAAGAUCUGUAAAUUAGGUGUAAUAUGUAUUUAUAAUCGGCAUUUAUACGAUCUUUCAUCGAAAACAAUAUUUUGAUAUGAUAAAAAUUGUAUAAGUCUGUUAUAGUCACAAGAUGAAUAUUAUGUAAUAGGUAAGUAAGAAAAAGUAAUUAGUUUAAGGUACAACUUCUGAAUUGGUUUUGCAAUUAUUAAAUAAAAGUUAUAAAAAAGAAGAUGUUCAGCAUAGUCAUAAGUUUAAAAUAAUUAUUAUUGUAUUAAUUUAAUAAGAUUUUACGGUUUGACAAAUAACUUUUAACGUUGACUGUUGCAAAACCAGUUUUUGUUACUUUUAAGUAUUUUCUCACAGCAUUUUUUUGUAGCUUACGAAAAUGCAAUAUUUUUAGAGACAAUAGUGUGAUUGUAUGAAAUGUAACAAUAAAUUGUUGCUUAUUUUUAUGUUCUUGUACUUAAACCUUUAUUUUGUUAUAGUAUAAUACAUUUUAUUUAUUUUUCUUCUGAAUACAGUUAUCACAAAAUACUUA